AUGGAUUACCUUAAUGGCAAUUCACGGAAAAGGAGGAGAAGAAUCAAAGUCAGAGUGCAGCAGCAUUUAAUGAAUAUUGCAAUGGAGGCUAUGGAGCAGGCAGAUCAGGCUGUGGACCAGGCAGUGCAAAAUAUUGAGGACAAUGCUGAUGAAACUGUAAAUCUGGAUUUUGAUGUUGAUACUGACGUUGAUGACUUGGUGUCCUCGUUCAGUGUUGUGGAGUUUGUGGAUGAGGUUGACUUCGAUGGCUGCAAGAAAAUGGACAUAAUUCCAUCCGAGUGGUUCAAGGGGACAGAGAGAAAAGUAUGCUGGUGGCCACCAGUCUCACUAUCCAAUGUAACGAAGGCUGUAAAAGAGCACACACCACCAGCCAGCAACUGGAUAGCGUGUAACAUUCGUGUAAUGGGAAACGCAGCAUCUUAUGCCGAAGCUAGGGUUAAACUCCACCAAGCUGAGUAUUCAUCAGACUUGACAGACACAGAAAAUAUCUCAAGAAAAAAAAGGCCAAGUGCAAAAAUCCUCCAGAGUCAACUGAGCACCCAACUGCAAUCAAGUGAGAAUUCAGAUUCUUCAGAGGAGCUUCCACCCACUCCACCAAACCAACUCCUUUGGCCAGCAGUGAGAGAAGUGAGCAAUAACUUACAAAACCCCACUGCCCAACGAGGCACCAGCCCCACAGCUACAAUUACCAGCCCCACAGCCCGAGGAGUUGCUAGCUCCCCAGCUACAGUUACCAGCCCGACGGCCAGAGGAGUGUCCAGGCCCGCAGCCCGAGGAGUUGCCAGCUCCCCAGCUACGGUUACCAGCUCGACGGCCCGAGGAGUUGCCAGCUCCCCAGCUACAGUUACCAGCCCGACGGCCCGAGGAGUGUCCAGCCCCACAGCACGAGGAGUUGCCAGCCCAACUUGUGAAACCAUGUUCACUAAAAUUCUAACAGUUUUAGAAGAAGUGAAGGAGACACAACGUGUUCAUGGAAAGAUGUUGAAUGCCCUGCUGAAAAAGCAAGACGGAUCAAUGGUAGAGGUUCCUGAAGGAGUUGUCUUACCUCUGAAAACCCAGGCUGACCUUGAGGCUCUUGAUCAGAAGCUGGGGGAUCGUAGUGUCAUGUCUGCUGUUGUUGCCAUGGUGGCAGAUGUGGGCGGCGCAAGUAUAGAUGACGCAACGAGAAGAAUGAUGAAAUACGUCUUUUCAAAUGAGCUGGCAUUGGAGUACAAUUUGUUUGGCCGUCAUGGGAAAAAAAAGUUUAAAGAUUUGCGUAUUUUCAAUGUUGUGUAUGAGGCUCUUAAGAACAACCCCCUGACAUCAAAGGUCAACCAGCAAGAAGCUGAGAGGGCACUGUCAAAAUGGUUUACUGGAGCAAGAGACAGAGGAGGACAAAGGGCAUCAAGAAUGCACCAAAAGAUGGCUGCAGUUUAA